CUUGUAAUUCACAGUGCUCUGACUGAAGUCUCUCAUACUAAAGAGGUGUAGUGUUUUUAUCCUCUCUCUCUCUCCUUCUCGCACACUUCAGCCCAGAGGCUCGGCGGGCGGACGGGUGUGUGGAAUACAUCACAGACGCUCUCAGAUCUUCCAGCACGUGGAGAGACGGAGACAGACAGAAGCUGGGGGUCUGGAGCACAGGACAUCCUCAUCUCGUUGCUGUUGUUUGAUUCGAGUCUUCUGCACCUGAUCUGCUCGGCUGCAGGGAGGCACUGGAAGCUCCAUUCAUUGUCACAGAGACAGCAGCACUUUGUCCAGACUCACCAGGCAGGCCUUCUUGCCAAGACAAGCAUCCAUUAGUGCAGAAACAUGGGUUCAGGAGGCCUGACAUUCAGUUGUUUGGUUUUGGCAACCCUGAUGACUCUAAAUCAUGCUGGCCUGGUAAAGAAGAUGAUCCGACACCGACGGGAAGCUCUGACGAUUCCAGGCAUACACAACGUAACCCUUCCGACCUCUUCCCAACCGGUCGUUUUCAACCACGUCUACAACAUCAAAGUUCCUGGUAGCUCUUUAUGCUCGGUGGAUCUGGACUCUCCCGCCAGUUCAGAUCUUGAACAGAAGGAUGCACCAUCUGGCUCAGAAGUAACAGACCACACACUGGACAGCAGUAAUCAGAUCGUCUUCACCCACCGCAUCAACAUCCCCAAGCAGGCGUGUGGCUGUACGGAGGGACUGCCGGACCUGAAGGAGCUCCUGAAUCGUCUGGAGAUGUUGGAGGGCGAGUUGUCGACACUCAGAGAGCAAUGCGCCACAGAAACCACCUGCUGCAGCGCUCAGGCCACAGGUGCUAUAGGAACGAAGCCCUACUGCAGCGGUCAUGGAAACUACAGCUCGGACACCUGCGGCUGCAUCUGCGAGCCCGGAUGGAAGGGCCCCAACUGCACCGUACCCGACUGCCCCAGAGACUGCAGCGACCAGGGCCGCUGCGUUAACGGAAAGUGCAAGUGUUUCGAUGGCUUCAUGGGUGAAGACUGCAGCAUGGAGACCUGUCCGGUUGACUGCGGUGAGAACGGCCGUUGCGUUAACGGAGUGUGCGUUUGCAAUGAAGGCUUCUCCGGAGACGAUUGUACAGAGACGGAUUGCCUCAACAACUGUUUGGGACGCGGCCGCUGCAUUGAUAGCGAGUGUGUCUGCGACGAACCCUGGACCGGAUUUGAUUGCUCCGAGCUCAUCUGUCCGCAUGACUGCUACGACCGCGGGCGAUGCGACAACGGGACUUGUUAUUGCGAUAAAGGUUUCACCGGAGAAGACUGCGGUGCGAUUGCUUGUCCGAACGACUGCUCAGAACGAGGUUUUUGCAAUGACGGUCAUUGCGUAUGCAUUGCUGGCUACUCCGGCGAGGAUUGUUCCAGCUUGACCUGUCCGAACGACUGCAACCAAAGAGGGCGCUGUUUCAACGGCGUUUGCAUUUGUGAAACGGGUUAUUUCGGAGAAGACUGCGGGAAGCUCUCCUGUCCGAAUAACUGCAACAGUAGAGGGCGCUGCAUCGAUGGGCACUGCGAAUGCGACGUCGGAUACCAAGGUCAUGAUUGUUCGGAGUUUAGCUGCCCCAAUAAUUGCAACAACCGUGGGCGCUGCAUUAACGGCCAGUGCGUUUGCGAAGAGGGAUUUGGUGGCGAGGACUGCAGCAUCAAAACCUGCCCAUCGGACUGCUACGGCCGAGGCCAGUGCGUGGAUGGGAAGUGCGUUUGCUUUACGGACUUCACCGGUGAAGACUGCAUUGAAUUGAGCUGCCCGAGCAACUGCCUGAACCGUGGACGCUGCGUCGCGGGACAGUGUGUUUGCGAUGAAGGCUUUACCGGAGAGGACUGCGGUCAGAGGAAGUGUCCCAACGACUGUCUCGGCCGCGGACGCUGCGUGGAGGGACAGUGUGUUUGCCAGGAGGGUUUCGAGGGCCUGGAUUGCUCCGUUCCCACCUGUCCUGAAAACUGCAAUAACCGUGGACGCUGCGUCAAUGGGAAAUGUGUGUGCGACAAAGGAUUCGUUGGAGACGCCUGUGGAGAAAGAAGCUGUCCGAAUGACUGCAAUGGUGCGGGGCAAUGUGUGGACGGCCGCUGCGUGUGUGAUGAAGGCCACAUUGGCGAGGAUUGCUCAGAAGUCUCACCACCAGAAGACCUGACCAUCACGGAUGUGACCACAGAGAAGGUGAACCUCACAUGGAAGAACGAGAUGCUGGUGACGGAGUAUUUGGUUACGUAUGUCCCGACGUCACCAGGCGGCCUGCAGCUAGACUUCCGUGUGCCUGGAGAUCGUACGUCUGCCACCGUCUCUGAGCUGGAGCCAGGAAUCGAGUAUCUCAUCAAUGUUUAUGCCGUCCUCAACAACAAGAAGAGCGUUCCUGUCAGACAAAUACACACAAAAUCAAUCAACACAAAUACACACACAUAUCUUCCGCAGCCCGAGGGCCUGAAGUUUAAAUCCAUCAGUGAUACGUCAGUGGAGGUUUUGUGGGACCAGCUGAACUUUCCGUUCGACGGCUGGGAGCUCAUCUUUCGUAACACAAAGGAAGAAAACGGGAAGAUAGUGAACAAUGUGACACCUUCCCAGACCAACUUUGAGCAGCCGGGACUCGGGCCGGGACAGGAAUAUGAAGUGACUCUGUCGGUCAUAAAGAACAACACCAGAGGACCUGGAACAAACUCGACUGUAGUAACAAGAAUCGAUUCUCCGCGGCAGAUUGAUGUUGGUGAUGUGACAGACCGGUCUGCAGUGAUCUCCUGGUCCAGGCCCUUGGCUGAGGUGGACGGGUUCAGGGUGUCGUACGGGCCGAGCACAGACCCGUCAGUCCAUCGAGAUGUCGACCUCCCGGCCACAGACACGCAGUACAGCCUGGAAGACCUGAAACCAGACACUGAAUACAGACUGUCUCUCAGUUCAAAGAGGGGAGACGUGACCAGCGAGCCCAUCUUUGAGAGUAUUACCACGGGUCUGGAUGCCCCCACUGACCUCAAAGCUGUUGAUCAGACUGACAGCAGCAUCACACUGGAAUGGAAAAACAGCCGCUCAUCCAUCGACGGAUACCGUAUCAAAUACGGCCCGAUCGCAGGAGGUGCUCAUGGUGAAGACAUGUUCCCCAGAAGAGCUGGAGACACGACACGGGCCACGGUUACAGGCCUGAAGCCUGGAACAGAGUACGGCAUUGGAGUCACAGCCGUUCAGAAUGAAAGAGAGAGUGAGCCAGCGACCACCAACGCACUGACCGAUCUGGAUGCACCACGAGACCUGGAAGUGCGAGACUCCACCGAAACCACCCUGGAACUGGUCUGGAAGAGGCCCAGGGCAAAGUUCUCCACCUACAGGCUAGCAUUCGUCUCUGCCGACGGCCGACGGGAAGAAGUCGAGCUGCCUGUUACCGCAACCACCUACACCCUGAGCGGCUUGAGCCCUGGCAUGCGCUACACCGUCACCCUCGUGGCAGAACGUGGGCGGAGGAGAAGUUCUCCUGCCACCGUCACCGCCUCCACAGAGGAGCAGAGGCCGCAGAUUGGCAGUCUGAGUGUGUCUGAUGUGUCUUGGGAUAGCUUCAAUGUGUCCUGGACCAUUGAGGAUGGCUCUGCCUUUGACAGUUUUGUGAUUGAAGUGGCAAAUGCAGCAGGUCCAGAAAGGCAGAACCUUUCGGUAUCUGGUGAUGCACGUAGUUUAUGGCUGUCUGGGCUCAGUCCCGACACGUCCUAUAUAAUUACGUUAUAUGGAGUGCAUCAGGGCUCGAUCCUGGGGUCCAUCUACACUCAAGCAGCUACAGAGGCAGAACCAGAGAUCGAGCACCUUUUCGUGUCAGACGUCACCCCUGAGAGUUUCCGGCUGGCCUGGACGGCAGAAGACGACAUCUUUGAUCGAUUCAUUCUCAAAGUUAGAGAUUCGAGAAAGCUCUCCCACCCUCGAGAGUUCAUUGUGCCGGGCGAUGAAAGAACCAAAGUUUUAACGCAGCUUUUGGGGGGAACUGAGUAUGAAAUUGAGCUUUACGGUGUCACGCUGGAACAUCGCUCCCAACCCGUUACUGCUGUUGCCAGAACAGGCCUUGGAGCUCUACGGGACCUUCGUUUCUCUGAUAUCACGGACACAACAGCUGUGGUUUCCUGGACUGUACCGCGAUCCCAGCCGGACUCCUACAGAAUCACUUACAUCCCAGUCCAAGGAGGUACUCCCAUGAUCCUGACAGUGGACGGGUCACAGUCUCAGGUCCCCCUGACAAAUCUGAUCCCCGGAGAGGCGUAUCAGGUGUCGGUUGUUGCAGUGAAAGGUCUGGAGGAGAGCGAACCAGUGUCUGAAACUUUUACAACAGCCCUGGAUACGCCACGCAGUCUGAUUGCUGUCAAUGUCACUGACACAAAGGCGCUGUUGCUGUGGCAACCUGCCAUGGCGACCGUGGAUGGAUAUGUGAUCACAUACAGCGCAGACACUGUGCCACCGAUAUCAGAGCAGGUUUCUGGAAACACGGUGGACUUUGAGAUGAGCUCACUGGCUCCAGCAACUCAAUACACUGUCAAUGUUUACGCCAUCAGAAACCGAGAGAAAAGUGCUCCGGUGACCACAGACUUCACCACAGAUGUGGAUGCUCCGCGUGAUCUGGUUGCCAGUAAUAUUCAGACAGACAGCGCCGUUCUCACCUGGACGCCGCCGCGGGCCGCCAUCACUGGAUAUAUCCUGACCUUUCAAGCGUCUGACGGCGAUGUCAGGGAGCUGAAUCUGGAGCCGUCUGUGACCUCACACAGUCUGUCUGACCUGAGCAGCAGCACUGAACACACAGUCAGACUGCAGGCCGUCGCUGAGGACAAGAGGAGCACACAGAUCAGCAGCGUCUUCACCACAGCUGGAAUGCGCUACAGGAACGCCAAGGACUGCUCAGAAGCUCUGCUGAAUGGAGAGACGUCCUCCGGGCUGUACACCAUUUACACGGUCCAGGUUUACUGUGACAUGAGCACUGACGGCGGUGGCUGGAUGGUGUUCCUACGGCGUCAGAGCGGCAAGGUGGAUUUCUACAGGAACUGGAGGAACUACUCUGCAGGAUUCGGUGACACGAACGAUGAGUUCUGGCUCGGACUUUCAAAUCUUCACAAAAUCACCUCAGCCGGUCAGUAUGAGUUGCGCGUGGACCUGCGUGAUGGACAGGAGAGUGUGUUUGCUGUCUACGAUAAAUUUUACAUCGCAGAUCCUCGUUCCCGCUACAAGAUCCAGAUUGGUGCAUACAGUGGUACCGCAGGUGAUUCCUUGUCGUAUCAUCAGAACAGGCCCUUCUCCACCUAUGACAAUGACAAUGACAUUGCGGUCACCAACUGUGCCCUGUCUUACAAGGGAGCGUUCUGGUAUAAAAACUGCCAUCGAGUGAACCUGAUGGGGAAAUAUGGAGACAGCAGUCACAGCAAGGGCAUCAAUUGGUUCCACUGGAAAGGCCACGAGCAUUCGAUUCCAUUUGCGGAGAUGAAGAUCCGGCCAGUCAAUUUCAGAAACUUGGAAGGCAGACGGAAAAGAUCAUAGUCCCUCUUUCUCUUCUCUCCAAAAUCCCACACAUCUCUCGUCACAGAUACGAUUAGAUCUCCUGAGUGAAACAUUUCUAGCCAUUUGAACUCUUAUCUUCCAUGUCAACAUUAUUGGACCAGAGAACGCCACAGAAUACUGUUUCAUUAGAGACAGAAUAUGUUAUAAACGGCCGUGAUUGGUGGAGGGUUUUCCAUAAACUUGGUAAAAACAGGCAUGUGAAAUGUGAUAUUUAAAUCAUGGUACCAGAUCUUCCUAUAUCAAACCUCCAUUUUCAAUAAUGAUUAAAGGAAAUAUUCAGUGAUCUUAUACAGUUCUUGUUCAGAAGAUGGCAGUGAUGUCAUUUCCUCAACUGAAUCAUUACCACGCUCAGGUCUGACAUACAGUAGCCAGGAUGGUGCAAAUAAAUGUGUUCAUUUUGUCAGUUUUCAAAAUUAAAGAAGCAAACUUUAAUGUGAUUGUUUUCUGAAAGGAUUGUAUUAUGUAUUAUUGAUCAUUUGUUUUAAAAUUUAUUUUUACAAUGUUUUCCUUUCCCCCAUAGAGUUCUCAGUUACUAUAAUCCCUAAAAAAACGUUGCUUAAACUUGAUCUCUUCUCCUGGAAUGUGUCUAAAAUUGAUCUUCAACAAAAUAGGAAAUAAAAAUGUCAUUUUUAAUGUU